AUGUCCCGCAAAGCCACUAUUACACUUGCCACUACCGUCGCCGUCACGAUAGGCGUUGUCUAUGGCGUGCACUGGCAGCAACAAAAGGAGCACGAAGUCAUGUAUCAAGGCGUGCUACGUGAUGACGAGCGUCGACGGGAUAAGAUGAAGCAGCGGGAGGAAGACCUUCGAAUAUCCCAGGAGAAGCGAAGAAUAUACGAAGCUGUACAGACCGUGAAGCCCUCCACGGACAGCCAUUCCGAACCCUCCGAGCCUUCGCUAUCUGGUUCGAGAAGCUCGUGGCGUUUAUGGUGA